AAAAAAUGGAUAGUAACAAUAUAAUUCCAUUAAAUAACGACAGUAGACGCUGUAUUUUCUUUAAUACAGAUUCUGACGACUAUCGAUGUUUCUGCACUGCUCCAUAAAGCGCAAGAAGUAUGAAUACCCUGACUUCUGUAGAGGCCACAUUACCGUAAACGCUGCACGGCCAAUGCAGACGACAGAUUGACCAUGCAACGCCUUUUACCCGCGAGUGAAGUGGUGAUUCUCACAGUGAAGCGAGCCACAGGCACCUUCUCACUGAUAGGAUGCUUUUUCAUGCUGUUUGUAAUCUGGCUUCUCCGCCGGUAUCACUCCUUGGCCCAGAAGAUGAUUUGCAGUCUGACAGUUGCGGCCUUCUUUGACAGUGUAGCAUAUGUCAUCGGUGAUACCCAUCCAGAGGGGAGUCUGUGUAACUUCCAGGCCUGGUGGCUCACUUAUUUUGACUGGAGUGCCUUGGCCUGGGUGUGCCUGAUCACAGUGAACCUCUACCUUAACCUGGUCAAAGAGAUGAGCACCAGCCGCUACGAGCUACUGUACCACCUGAUGGCCUGGGGGGUGCCCCUGGUGAUGGCCUCCCUGCCCCUGUUCAGUGGAUACUACGGCCCAGCAGGAGCCUGGUGCUGGAUCACAGGCAACCACGUAGCUUGGAGAUUUGGGAUAUGGUACGUCCCACUCUUCACCCUCAUCUUCCUCAUGAUCUGCUGCUACGCCAGAAUAAUCUACGUAGCCAAUGAGAGGAUGCAGUCGUGGUUUGGCACCUUCAACCCAGAGAGGGAGAGGAGAAAGGUGUCUUUGGCUGAGGAGAUAAAGCCGUUGAAGUGGUAUCCAUCCGUUUAUCUCCUGGUGUCUCUGUUCCCCCUCAUCAACAGGCUCCAUAAUGCGUUCUACCCCCAGGAUCCAGUGUUCUCUCUUACUUUGCUCCAUGUCCUUUCAGCCCCUCUCCAUGGCUUGGCCAACGCAUUCGUCUUUGGCCUGGACAGAGACACCUGGAGCCAGCUCAGUCCUACAGGCAUACAGUUGGCGCUGCAGUCUCGGCUGUGUGACAGGACGCGUAUCAGGGAGUACCAUCCUGGGGCGGUGCACUACACACAGGCUGAGCUGGGGGACUUCAGUGACGAGGAUGAUGAUGACACCAACGUCCUUUUCUACUCCCCUGACAUGACCCUGAAAGACAGAGGACCCUAAGAAACAGACAGACCGAGACAGACAGACAGACCGAGACAGACAGACAGACAGACAGAGACAGACAGAGACAGACAGAGACAGACAGACAGAGACAGACAGAGACAGACAGACAGACAGACAGACAGACAGACAGACAGACAGACAGAUUCAUUCUGAGGGGUGAUACAUAGGGAGGAAGAGAGAAAGGGAGCAAAGGAGGGAUAGUGAGGGGUUUCUGUGGUAGAUCUGUCAGGAUCCAUUAUUAAUCCACAUCCUUUACUAUUUAAUAACCUCCAACUACACACACACACACACACACACACACACUAUCCUGCCUUUCUGUCUGACUUACACAGCAUCGUAACAGAACCAGCGAAGCAGCUAUAGUGCUUUAAACAGCCUUCAAACCUAAUGCUACACACUAGCCUGGGUGCCAGUCUGACUCUGCUUCAGUCCUAGUCAACAACUGCAGAGCUGGCUAAGGAAACAACAGGCUGUCCUGGUACCCAGGCUAGCAUAUCACUAGUCCCAAGGGGCUUCCUCUCCUCACCUCCUUUCCUUCAUCUGCACUGAUCUGAAAAGACGGCAUAGGUGAAAGCAAAAUGUGUGUUGAAUGUUCAAAGGAGAGGAAAACAGUUAAGACUAUUGACAUGUACCCAGGUACUGCAUAGUCACUUGGCUGACAGAAUUAAUUCUCUCCAUGUUAUUUUUACAUUCACAUGUUUUUGUCAUUUAGCAGACUCUCUUAUCCAGAGCGAUUUACAGGAGAAAUUAGAGUUGAGUGCCUUGCUCAAGGACACAUCGACAGAUUUUUCACCAAGUCGGCUCGUGGAUUUGCACCAGCGACCUUUCGGUUACUGGCCCAACACUCUUAACCUCUAGACUACCUGCUGCUUAUGCUAUUAGCUUGUGUUUAUUAUGUUAUUUGUGGCUUCUUUUUCAUACUGUAUGACUACUGUUAGCAAAUCCCUCCCAAGAACAUGUUGCGAUCACGAUAAUGCCCAGCAUUAUAUGUGACUUACUGAGCUCUGAGGGUUAUAAUACAACGCAAGUUAAACAAGUUAGCUAGCUAACUUACCUGAAUAUUCUGAUAUAACUUUUUGUUUUUUAGAAAGAUAAGCUUGAAAUGGCCAUGGUCUAAUUGACUCGACAACCAAAACGCAAAACUAAGUUUAGCUUUCUUAAUUAACCAGAAAAUCAGUAGUCAAUUUCUGGUUGUUUAUCAGUUAGCAGGCUAACUCAUUGAUCAUGCUUUGUAGUAUAACCCUCUGGUGCUAAUGCUACAGUAGCUGACCAUACAGCUUCUCUAACUCAACAUGCAUAAAAGGCCUCCAUUCAAAACAGACAGAUAAAUGGAGGGAGACAAAAUGCAAAGAAGGGGAGGGGGUGAUGGAAUUGUGAAACCAAGAUGGGGAGAGGGAGUGAAGAGAUAACUUAGAACAAUUCAUGUCCCAACGAUAGCUGGGGAUUUAAACGAACAAAAUCCAGUAUUUGAACCGCUUAACUUCUAUCAUAUCUGUUGUUGUCUUUACAUAUGGCGUUACUAAUGUUGCUACUCUUGUAAAAUGUCCAUUGUUUUUCGUACUUUUAUGCAUCUGUAUGUUGUUAUUCCAUGAAAUGCUGUGGUCUGCCCACAGGUUUGAGUUUGUUUGAUAAACUGUUAUACUGUAUUUAUAAGAGACAAUGUACUGUAUAUAUAUAUUAGUGCAUACGCUAUAUUUUUGUAUGGAUGCUUUUGACUGGAAUGUGAAAAGGUUUUGGUGACCCCUAAAUGGUCUCCAUGUCCUCCUGUUUAGGCCUCAAUGGGGGUGGAAGCAGUACAAUUGAACACACACACACUUUCUUAAAAUGUGUCUCACACACUUACACUCUUUCUUUGAUGCCUGUCUCACACACACACACUCACACACACACUCACACUCACACACACUUUGACACACAGCCACCUGUCUCUUUGAUGUAGCGGCUGCCACAAGGACAGUAGGAGCCUCUGACGGCCUGUCAUUUACCUUCGACACUAUGUCAUUGGCUGACAUCUAGAGAACCGCAAUGUGAUUAGCAGGCUAUUAGAGGUGCUGUGUGGUUGACGGGCUGAUGAAAAGAGAGAUGUGAUUUUGCUGAACAUCCUGACAAGGAUGUCGCUCCUUUCCCAAAUCAACCCCCGUAGCCCCAGUGCACUUAUGGAGAACUGGAUAGCUAUUAGUGAAACAGACAUCUACACAAGUGCAUAGGAGAUAUGGGGCAAGGGGUCCAUUUGGGGAUGCGCAUAUAGACCUAACACAGAAUCCUAUCUACACAUAAUUAUACAGUCCCCUCUCAAACCACGUACAAUCGCUGCACCAAUCCUAGUUUAGGCAAACUUCUAUUGUUCUGCUGCACUCAAUCUAAUAAACAAGCAGGAUACACAUUUCACAA